AUGGCUCGAUCUGAGGAAGCCGCCGCUUGGACUUAUGCAGUAUACAAUGCAGUGAGAGAGGUUCCAUACGGCAAAGUCACGUCUUACGGCCAUAUCGCUCGUCUGCUUGGGAAGCCACAUAGUUCUUCUACCUCAAUAUCUAGCAGGCUGACUCCAACCAGACAAGUGGGUGUGUCGCUGAAGGCGCUUCUCUCUGCUACAGCACAGCCAGAUGCUCACUACAAUAAUUCGAAUGUACCAUGGCAGAGGAUCAUCAACUCCAAAGGUGCCAUCAGUCCAAGAGGAGUGAAUGGGGCCCGUCAACAAGCAACCGCCUUGGAAGCUGAAGGAGUACAAGUGGCUCGAGGAUCACUGGGAGAAUACACUAUCGACUUUGCGACCUACGGCUGGUUCCCUGACAGACUCCCAAGCGACCUCAGCGAAGAUGAUGAAGACGAGGAAUGA